GGACUCAACGCGAAACACGGAAGCCAUCGGACAGCAGGGGGGGGGACCCCAACCGAGAUGGCACAGGCGAACAUCUCCGUGACCGAGAGCCAGUUCAGGUGUCCGAUCUGCCUGGACACCCUGCGGGACCCGGUGUCCAUCCCGUGCGGACACACCUACUGCAUGGCGUGCGUCAACGACUACUGGGACCGGGCGGAGUCGGGCGGGUUCAGCUGCCCCCAGUGCCGGGAGACGUUCAGCCCGCGGCCGGUGCUGCGGAGGAACACGGUGCUCGCCGAGGUCGUCGGCAAACUCAAGCCGAGCGACGCGCUCCGGGCGCCGGAGGUCUACUCGGGGGGAGUCGGCGAGGUGCCGUGCGACUUCUGCCCCGCCGAGGGCAGGCUGAGGGCGGACAAGUCCUGCCUGGUGUGCCUGGCGUCCUUCUGCGAGCUCCACGUCCUGCCGCACCGGGACGUGGGCACUCUGAGGCGGCACAAGCUGGUGCCCGCCGUGGAGAGCCUGGCCGAGAGGCUGUGCGCCCAGCACCGCCGGGGGCUGGAGCCGGCCGGCGGGGGUCCGGAGGAGGAGGCCGCCGGGGAAUGGAGCGGGGACUGCCCCCUGUGCGAGGCUGACCAGGAGGAAGUCCGCAACAUGGACUCCCAGAGAGCUAAGAGACAGCUGAAGCUCCAGGAGUCUCAGAGGAUUGUCCAGGGGAACAUACGGACGGGAGAGAGAGACCUGGAAGAGUUUCAGCAAAACUUGGAGUCCCUCAAGGCGUCAACGUUGGCGGUUCUGGAGGACAGUGAAGCUUUGUUUGCCGACAUGGCACUCCGUCUCGAGAAAACUAAAGCUGAGGUUCGGGGGAUGCUGGAGGCACAGGAGCGAGUGUCAGUGGGACGAGUGGAACGAGACAUAGACCAGCUGGAGAAAGACCUGCUGGUGCUGAGGAGGAGAGACGAGGAGAUCAGCCAGCUGCUGCAAACUGAAGACAGCGCCCAUUUCAUCCAGGCGGCCCCACUUCUCUGUGUCCCUCUCACCGCUGAUCUACACUCCAGAGCCUAUUGCCUCUCCACUGAGGCCUUCAGCGGCGCUAGAAGAGCACUUUGUCACCUCCGCAGUCGCGUGGAAGAAGUCUGCAGGGAGGAGGUUGACAAAGUCAGCCGCGCAGUUAACGAGAACUGUGCCCCCGGGAGACGGAGCCUAAAAGGUGCCCUAAAUCAUGCCGCAGAGAACUGCAAACCUCUGCAACAUGGUAGGGCUGUGCGGGUCUCGUUCCCUCUGUCCACUUUGUCACUGCAGCCAGCCGAUCAGAGGCUGAGGACAGCCUUCCUCAGAUUCUCAUGCCGUUUGUCACUGGACCCAGACACCGCCCACCCUACUCUGGUCCUGCUCGAGGAGCCUCAGGGUGCGCAUUGUGGCGAGGAUCCCCAGUCGUACCCCCCUCACCCCCAUCGCUUUGAUUCGGUGGCACAGGUGCUGUGCAAAGAAGGCCAGUUCGGUGGCGCCAGCUACUGGGAGGUGGAGUGGAGGGGCGGCGGCUGGGUGGACAUAGGCGUCACCUAUCGGGGAAUCGGACGCAAAGGGGGCGGGAAGCCCUGCCUGCUGGGCCGCAACGAGAACUCCUGGCGGUUGAGGUGCACGCACGCUGGAUACGCCGCUUGGCACGAGAACCGGAAAACCACGGUGGCCGCCCCGGCCUGCCCCAGGAUCGGCGUCUUCCUCGAGCGCCAAAAGGGAGCCUUAUCCUUCUACAGUGUCUCGGACACAAUGGUGCUCCUGCACACGUUUCACUGCCAGUUCACUCAGCCGUUGUACCCGGCUUUCCGUCUGGACCUGGACUCCACCCUGCUCAUAUGCCCCUACGAGGGGGGCAGUGCUAAUAGAAGCUAACAGAGCGGGGGACUACUAACUGAAGGAAAUAUCCUUGGAAACAAGACAUUUUUUUAAUUAUUUCUAACAGAAGUGUCUAUAUCUUUUUUUAUUACCUUUGGCCAGAGGUUUUUUGGGAAUCUUUCUCAGGUUGAGCUACACAGGGCAUGAAACACCUAGAGUAAUAUUUCAAAAGGACGUGUCAUAUAACUCAUAUAGAGCAAAGAUUUUAACUUAAAAACUUAAACAUAUCAAGGAAAGAAGUUAAGUCAAUCCAGUUUCAGUGAAUAGCAGCAGCUUAGUGUUCUUAUUUACAAACGAGGAGAGGAUUAUUGAAUAUAUAUCUAACUGUCCACAAUGGAAAAGAUCAAUACACAGAUUCUCUGAGCAAACAAGUUAGAAUCCUCCUUGUGACAUCCAUCUCCAGUACUACUGUGCUAAUCAGUAUUCUGUGUCAUUGUGGACAGCUUUAUUUACUUUGAAGAAAAUACCAUUAGAUGGUUGUGAAUUGGAAUAAAUUCCUUUCUUUUACAUCAGCCACACUAACUUGUGGCACAAUAUUUAUUAUAAACCUGCACAGAUAACCUCAGUUUGUUAUUGAGGUAAAAUUUUGUAGCAUUAUUCUUAUUUUGCGUCAUAUUUAUGGUAUUUUCUACAUUUCUUUUGUUAUUUUGACUUGGCCGGUUUUGGAUACAACAAACUAAAUAUUCAUUCUUAAGAUGAAAUUGAUUUGUUUGCAAAGCUUAAUUAUCCAGUUUGAACUUUACCAUGUAUAGGAAAUCAAUCAUGUCUUCUUCCAGUACUUUCAAAGAUUUCCCUCAAUGCUUUGUAAACAUUAUAGAUCCUCACCUUCAGUUUAUCCAUCACAUGUGUGUGAUUAAAUUAACCUCGAUGAUUUUUAGGACACCAUGUUCAACAUUCCUUUUGUUGAUAUCCACCAUCUCAGUGUCUUCAAGCUCCUCUUGUAGUCAAGACUGACCUCUUAAUGUUGGACAAUUUAAGAGUUUCAGACCAUCAGUUGAAGGACUUUUUUUUUUCUUUUAUAGGAAUGUUUUAAAUGAUU